CACACAGCUCCCCUUGUCUAAAUAGUAACUGACACAUCUUUCAGAGUUCAAACACACACUUUAUACGCAGAGGCACAGAGACAGACAGAAGUGAGAGUCAGAGAACUCUGAGUUUGAAGCAAUGGAGGCUGUUAUAGCAGCAAAACCAAUUAUUAAAGUGGCGGCUCUAUGUGGGUCUCUCCGAAAAGGCUCGUACAACCGUGGCCUCGUUCGUUCUGCAAUCGAGGUGAGCAAGUCCAUCAAUGGCUUGGAAAUGGAGUACAUAGACAUAUCACCUUUGCCUAUGCUCAACACUGAUUUGGAAGGAGAAGGAACUUUCCCACCAGCCGUGGAAGCAUUUCGUCAGAAGAUUAAAGAAGCUGAUAGCAUUUUCUUUGCUUCACCCGAGUACAACUACUCAGUCACAGCACCUCUGAAGAAUGCAAUUGACUGGGCAUCUAGACCACCAAAUGUUUGGGCUGAUAAAGCAGCUGCAAUUGUAAGUGCUGGAGGAGGUUUUGGUGGUGGACGGUCACAGUAUCACCUUCGCCAAAUUGGAGUUUAUAUAGAUCUUCAUUUCAUCAACAAACCUGAAUUUUUCUUGAAUGUGUUCCAACCUCCUGCAAAGUUUGACAGUGAUGGCAAUUUGGUUGAUGAAUCAAUCAAGGAGAGGUUGAAGGAAGUUCUUAUAUCCUUGCAGGCAUUUACUUUACGCCUCCAAGGAAAGCUUUGAGAAAUAAUUGGUGAUUUUUGGGUGAAAAUUAUUUGUGACUCAGUAUGUACUAUGCCUGGCAUUACAACCUAGCUGAUUCUUUAUGCCAAGUAGUAACAUGCUGCAUGGAUUUUUAUUUUUAUUUUUUUUCUGUAAAAGUGAAGUUUGGAAUCAGACAUCAACUUGCUUUCAUGUUCUUUUGGCGUGUCAUGGUUUUGAGAAAUAAUUUGUACUAGUCAAGCUUCUGUUCAUGUUGUUCAUGGCCUGGUGAUGAAAAGUUAGAGCCAAUGGUCCUUGGAUCAAAUGGCAUGUUAUCCUCAUAAACAAGAUGGAAUUGAGAUUAUGUGUUCAAUCCAUAUAGAUCUGUGAGUUUUAUAUUUACUCAUCAAAGAAGAAGCAUGAUACACUGGGUCUAUGAUCUA